AAAUAGCAUAAAGCGGCGGGGGACGGUCCUCUGGUGAGGUGACAAGAUGCCGUUUUUUGUUGUUGAAUGGAUGUCUAUGGAGAUGCUUCAGUGUGCUGAAUAAACAACUUUUGAGGAAACAGCUCAUCACCUGUUCAAUUGAGCGCUUGUUCGCUAAUCGUCAACAUCUUUUACACAAAUGUUUUUGUAAUUUACUCUGUGUGGAGUUAAUUACGAUAAAAUAUCUGUUUUUAUGAGAGAAGGCGCUGAGAAAUUUGCGACAGGCGUUCCAGUUUUUGCAUAGAUCCAGCAGAACGACCGAGCAACGCCACCAGCGACACGACAGAAGAAGCAGAAAUCAUGCCAGCACAACACCGCCCCUAUCAGAGCUCUUAGCUGUCCUCACACCCGUGGUGCUGAAAUCAGCGCUGUAACGGCAAUGAGAUAAAGACACGGGAGCCCGACCAACAGACCGAGAAUGGACGAUGAUUUGUUUCAGUUAAGACAGCUCCCAGUUGUGAAAUUUCGGCGUACAGGUGAAAGCACUCGCUCAGAGGAUGAGUUUGGAGGGAAGGACGAAACUAUGGAGGCAGAGGGAGGGUGGACGGAUAUGGAGAAUGUUUCCCUGGCCGAUGGUGCUCCAGUGCCUCGGGAGUUUGCUAACCCCACUGAUGAUACCUUUAUGGUCGAAGAUGCAGUGGAAGCCAUUGGCUUUGGGACAUUCCAGUGGAAGCUAUCCAUUCUGACUGGACUUUCUUGGAUGGCUGAUGCCAUGGAGAUGAUGAUUCUCAGUAUUUUGGCCCCUCAACUGCACUGUGAGUGGGCACUGUCCAGCUGGGAGGUGGCACUGCUAACCUCGGUGGUAUUUAUUGGAAUGAUGGUCAGUUCUUCAUUAUGGGGAAACAUUUCUGACAAAUAUGGGAGAAAAACAGGUUUGAAGAUGAGUGUAUUGUGGACACUGUUCUAUGGCCUCCUCAGUGCAUUUGCACCCUUAUAUGGAUGGAUCCUUUUUCUCCGAGCUCUGGUGGGCUUCGGUAUUGGAGGGGCUCCACAAUCAGUAACACUGUAUGCUGAGUUUCUCCCCAUGCGGUCCCGAGCCACUUGCAUUCUGUUGAUAGAGAUCUUCUGGGCUUUGGGUACAGUGUUUGAAGUUCUGCUAGCUAUCUUGGUGAUGCCAACUUUGGGCUGGCGCUGGCUGCUGGCCCUCUCCACCAUUCCACUCUUUAUUUUUGUUAUUCUUUGCUUUUGGCUGCCAGAGAGUGCUCGUUACGACGUCCUGACAGGAAAUCAGGAGAAGGCUUUGCGCACACUCAAACGAAUUGCUACAGAGAACAAGGUCCCCAUGCCAUUGGGAAAACUCAUAGUGGCCAGACAGGAGGACAGGGGGAAAAUUCAGGAUCUUUUCUCACCACACUUCCGCUGGACAACACUUCUGCUUUGGUUCAUAUGGUUCUCUAAUGCAUUCUCUUAUUAUGGUGUGGUUUUGCUGACCACUGAGCUUUUCCAGGAGGGUGGGGCCUGUGUUGAGGUGAAUGGCAGUAAAAUGGAGCCAGGCUGUAGUUUGGAGUGCAAAUAUUUAAACUCAGAUGAUUACAAAGACCUUUUAUGGACCACACUCUCUGAGUUUCCAGGCCUGCUGGUAACCCUGUGGGCAAUUGAUCGGUUGGGGAGGAGAAAGACUAUGGCAUUGUGUUUCUUCGUCUUCUCUGUUUGCCUCGUGCCACUCUACGGCUGUAUGGGAAGGACCUUUUUGACAGUAUUCAUAUUCAUUGCGAGAGCCUUCAUUGCUGGAGGUUUCCAGGCUGCAUAUGUGUACACUCCUGAGGUGUAUCCCACAGCGACGAGGGCUCUGGGUUUGGGCACCAGUAGUGGGAUGGCUCGGGUUGGAGCAUUCAUUACACCGUUUGUUGCACAGGUGAUGCUUGAAUCAUCUGUGUACUUGACUCUGUCAGUGUACUGUUGCUGCUGUUUGCUGGCUGCUAUUGCUUCCUGUGCCCUGCCCAUAGAGACCACAGGACGAGGCCUGCAGGAGUCCAGUCACAGAGAGUGGGGUCAGGAGAUGAUGGGGCGGGCCUCAGACCACAGCCCUGAGGGGAUUGCACAUUCCAUCUCUGGAUCACAAGACUGAAGGACACAAGGAUUUUUAGGACAUAGAUGGAAGUGGGCAAUGUUGGACAUAGAUAGACAUGGGCAAAGUUCUCUGUAAAAAAAACUAAAAAACAACAACAACAAAAAACAAUGUGUCCACAAUGGAACACCCGAUUCAAUGGUUUUAAGAGUUGCUUGGUCUUGAUUUUUUAUCAGCCUAUUAUAAACAAGUUCCCUCACCAAAGGUUGAGUGGUUAAUCACCUCCAUCCUCUGGACCAGAGAAAUGGAAGGGCAUAUAUUCCCAUGACGUAAUACCUCCCUCUGCCAAAUGCAACUCUCCGAGCGAAUUCAACAGGAAAUGGGUUGAGUAUUGUAACUAAAACAUGAGAAUUGCAUUAUGCAGUUUAACAUUCAAAGCAGUCAUUUACAGUCAAAGAAUUCUAAGAGUAUUUUGGGGUGUUUAAGAAGAGAACAAAAGCCUUCAACGUCCUGCAGCCUUGAAGUUGAAAGAUAGCACAAGAGUGUGUGUGUGAGUGUGUGUGACUAGUUUAGUAUAACAGGGAGUAGAAAGUUUUUUUUAUUAUUUAUCUUUUUAAGGGGGCCUUACACUCCACUCCCAACAUUCCUUUUGGGGGAGCUUGCCAACUUUUAACUCAUUGAAGAAAAAUUGAAAUUAUCCCACAUUGCACUGGUUUUUAGUCUUUGUUAUCUUGCUUCUUUUAAAGAAACAUUUACCAGAGCAUUAUUUAUGCUGGUUAACAGUUAGCCAUUUACCGUUUCAUCCUGCUGUCGUUGACACCAUGAGGCACACAGUUACGUAUCUAGUGGACACCAAUUGCUUCUUUACUACACGGCAAUGGAGUGCACCUCUCACUGACCUCAACUGGCUGUCAAUUGCGAAUCGAUUGUGUAAGGUGUAUAAACUCUAACUUUUCCAUUAUAAUAAGGCACAUCAAAAGCUGUUGAAAUACUGUAAAUCUUAAAGUCAACAUAAAAUUUGAAUUUACUUUCGUAAUAGACGUUCCUGAUCUUAUUGUGUGCAAUUUGCUGAUGCACUUAAUUCCAAAGAAUAAAUGCAUUUCUCCACCUGUGCAAGGAUUUUUCUUUCAACUGAUGUUGUGAAAACAUUUAACUCCUUCCUUCAAGGAACCCGAGACAAUUUGCAAUGAUCCAUCCAAUGAUUCAAUUUCUCAUUUAAUAUCCUGUUUCAUUUAACAAGAUGUCACAUGACAAUAAAUCAAUAAGUCAACACAAUAAAACAGUAGCGAGUGGCUUUCAUAAGAACAGGUCUGUGGCAAACCAGGUAUAUUUUUGUUACAGUCUAUUCCAUUAUCUCAGCAUCCAAGCAGAUUUGUCAACCCAUGACUCGCAUUUAAAUGCUCAACAUAAACGUUUAGUAAGAAUCUUUUUCCGUCC